GACGAAGGUAAACAGAGUAGAGGGUUAGGUAGGUCCAAACUAUCCUAGAACACACCACUAUUCUAGCAUGACAGGGAGCGCAAUGGCUGGUCCAACCCCCGAAACUCAGUCUCAGAGAACAUUAAGAAAUAUUCCAAGUAUUUCUGCUGGAUCGUUUCUGACUAUGCCUACGCAAUCCAGAGGACGACGUCGUUUUCGAUCCAAAUCAUUUGUUGGACGUGCUGCUCAGAAGGCAGUUCAAAAAAGUAAACAAAGGACAUGGAUUAUCCCGCUAAUCCUUCUUACUAUCUGCAUCGGAUGGUAUUUACUUGAUCCGACUGGAAGUCCGGUGCGGUAUGGUAUUUUCUUAAGUUACCCUGUGCCGGGCACAGAUCCCGUAGAAUAUGCAAAAGGCCCUUUAGACUUUGUGUUUUGUAUAUUUUACGCUCUGGUGUUUAGUUUUACUCGAGAAUUUGUUAUGCAAGAAAUUUUGGAACCAUUGGGUAAACAUUACAAUAUUCGCAAUCAAGCCAAGCUUCGCCGCUUUGAGGAGCAGGCUUACACAUUUUUGUACUUCAGUGUAAUGGGAAUUUGGGGUUUGUGCGUAAUGAGGAAAACUCCGAUGUGGUAUUUCAAUACAUAUGCUUUUUGGGAGGAAUAUCCUCACUAUACUCAUGUUGCUUCUUUCAAAGCGUUUUACCUUGUUGAGGCUGCUUAUUGGAUUCAGCAAGCUCUAGUUUUGGCUUUGCAGCUAGAAAAGCCAAGAAAGGACUUUAAAGAACUUGUCAUGCAUCACAUUAUUACGUUGCUUUUGAUAGGUUGCAGUUACGUCUUUCACUUUACCUGGAUUGGUUUGGCCGUUUUCAUCACAAUGGAUACAUCGGAUAUUCUGCUUGCCUUCACCAAAUGCUUAAAUUACCUCAACGUUUCCGUAGUGUAUAUUUCAUUUUUGAUUUUUGUCUUCGUUUGGAUUUAUAUGCGUCAUUAUUUGAGCUUGAAAAUCAUUUGGGCCGUUUUGACUACGAUGGCAACUGUCAAUUCGUUUGAACUGAACUGGAAAGCAGGCUAUUACAAAUGCUGGCUUUCCCAGUAUGGUACUGCCUUUUUACUAAUUUCUCUUCAAGUCAUUAACCUUUACUGGUUGUUCUUAAUUCUUCGUAUUGGUUACAGAGCCUUUACGACGCAAGACACCCAUGAUGAAAGAAGCGACGACGAGGAUGAAGGAAGUUCUGUAGAGCGAGAGCCUUCCAAUGCCAAGAAGGAGGAAUAGAGUUCUUUAACUGUGUCGUUAUAUUUAUCUUUCUUCCUUAAAUUUUUUUUUUCUUUGAUUAAUUUUGCUUUAUUAUUGGAUAAGACGUGGUAUAAUAUCGUUUAGGGAAAUAUUGGUAAAAGCGUUUUGAAAUUGUCAAAAAAAUUUCUAUCUCAUUUUCCUUGCUCAUUAUCGCUACAAGGGGUUUCGCGUCUUUGCGAAUCAGUUUUUUUGUUCUACUUUUGAGGUCUUGAAAAUGGGUAAUUUAGAUUAUGGCCAGCAACCCACUUUUGCUACUGUCUUAGAGAAUGGUUUUAUUAUUUUUUUAAAAAAGCGAAUAGAAAACAAUGCCUUAAUUCUUUAGUGAAAAGAAGAAACGUAAAUAUCUUUUCUGU